CCCAUCUCUUCCCUCCAGCGCUAUGGCCAGUACUCGCAAGAACGUCGUGGUAAUUGGUGCAGGUGUUACCGGCCUCACCACCGCCAUUAGCCUUCAAGAGCAGGGCGAUUACGAUGUGACUGUGCUCGCAGACACCUUCCCCAGCGAUCCUAAGUCUGUCAACUAUACAAGCCAUUGGGCCGGCGCGAUCCUGCUCAAUGGCUUGAGCGGGGUAGACGGCGCUAGGAAUCAGCUCAUGAUAGACGUCGAGAAAGAGUCCUUCGACGUCCAUUGGAAGGCCGCUACCACGGAUCCCGACGUCCGCGGCUACCGCCGCCUUCCAGCGACCAUCUACCUCAGCGCACCCCUCCCAGACUCGAACCCCAUUACGAAGUUCCCAGACUUCACAGUCCUUCCCCCAGACGCCCUCCCUUCAGGCGUCUCGCACGGCAUCUCCUUCACCACCCUCACCAUCGACCCACCCCUCUACCUCAACUACCUCUCCACCCGCUUCAUCGCCGCCGGCGGGACCUUCGCCCGCGGAUCCGUCGCGCACAUUAACGUCCUCCUCGAGGGCGGCGCAAACAUCUUUCGUGGUCAGCCUGCCGAGGCGCCUGCAGCGAUCGUCAACUGUGCGGGCUUGGGAGCACGAGUGCUUGGCGGCGUCGAGGACGAGAAGGUGUACCCGGUGCGCGGACAGAGCGUGCGGAUCCAUGCGCCGUGGGUGAAGGAGGCGAUCAUGAGCUCUGGAGGGAGUGGGGAGGAGCACACUGGGAUCUUCCCUCGCGCGAGCGGGGAUGUGUAUCUGGUGGGUACGAAGCAUGUGGAUGACUGGUAUCCCGCUCCUCGCCCAGAAAUCGCCCGGGGCAUCCUCGAGCGCACCUUCGCCAUCUGUCCAGAGAUUGCACCGCCCGAAGUGCGUGCCGCACGGACGCCGACGCUGGACGAUGUCUUGCCUCUCAUCGUCGAGGAAGGCGUCGGUAGGCGGCCGGCACGCAAGGCAGGGUUGCGUAUCGAGACAGAGUGGUUCGAAAGCCCGAAGGGAGGCAAGGUGCCGGUGGUGCAUAAUUACGGGCAUGCAGGUUCGGGAUACGAGUGCUCGUGGGGUUCGGCGAGACGAGUUGUCGCAGAAUUGAGCAAGGCUUUCGCAUAAGCAAGAAUUUCCGGGUAUACCGUCAGGUCCAAUGUAUGCGGUGCAAUGCAUGUGUAUGUGUAUGUAUCGAAGAAGCUUGCAUAUCUGCCCUCGUUCGCGGAAUUACAGCGCUGUCUGUUACUUUAUGCGAAGUUCAACUGUAGGCG